AUGAGCUGCGCCGGGGGGAGCGUCGUCCUCCCUCCCGAGGAACCGCAGCGAGACCGCGCCGUCCCACUGGGGCUGCCGGACGGAGCCGGGGAGGCCAGCGGGGACGCCCUAGAGGACGGAGGGAGCGGCGACUCCAGCGCCAGCGAAGGUCGGAGAUGCGGCUCGGAGAGCGGCUGCUCCAAGGUGGGGGCCGCCGCUGGCGACAAACCCGACACCCGCUCGGUGUGCAGCAGCGAGAGCGGCAGCGGCAGCCACCUCGGCGGCGCCGGCCCCAUUUGCAAGAUCUGCUUCCAGGGCGCCGAGCAGGGUGAAUUGUUAAAUCCUUGCCGCUGUGAUGGCUCAGUACGAUACACUCAUCAGCUUUGCCUGUUAAAGUGGAUAAGUGAAAGGGGAUCAUGGACCUGUGAACUCUGCUGUUACAGAUACCAUGUCAUAGCAAUUAAAAUGAAAAAGCCUUGUCAGUGGCAAAGCAUUACUAUAACACUGGUUGAGAAAGUGCAGAUGGUUGCUGUAAUCCUAGGAUCUCUGUUCUUAGUAGCAAGUGUGACUUGGCUUCUAUGGUCAGCCUUCAGCCCUUAUGCAGUAUGGCAAAGAAAGGACAUCCUUUUUCAAAUCUGCUAUGGAAUGUAUGGUUUUAUGGAUCUAGUAUGCAUAGGACUGAUAGUCCAUGAAGGUGCAUCUGUUUAUCGAGUGUUUAAGCGCUGGAGGGCUGUGAAUCUACACUGGGAUGUGUUAAAUUAUGAUAAAGCCACAGACAUAGAAGAGAGCAAUCGGGGAGAAUCUUCAGCAGGAAGGACAUUGUGGCUACCACUGACUGCGUUUAGAAACAGAAGUUUAGUUCAUCCAACACAGUUAAGUUCACCCAGAUUUCAGUGUGGCUAUGUAUUCUUGCACCUGUUCAACCGCAUGAGACCUCAGGAAGAUUCAUCAGAGGAUAACGGCUCUGGGGAAGUAGUGAUGAGAGUGACCUCCGUGUAA